AUGACGACAUUUCAGCGCCGAGUCGCCGAAUGGCUGCCUCCGUCCCUGAAGUGGGCGACGCUGCGGGUUCCUCAGUGGUCCCCUAAGACGGUCGCUCCGGACCCCACAAGGCAGGCUGCCAUGGCGUUCCCCCACCUGCAGCAGCCCAGCUUCCUGCUGGCCAGCCUGAAAGCCGACUCUAUAAACAAGCCUUUUGCACAGCGCUGCCAAGACUUGGUUAAAGUCAUCGAGGACUUUCCAGCAAAGGAGCUGCACACUGUGUUCCCGUGGCUGGUCGAGAGCGUUUUCGGCAGCCUGGACGGCGUCCUGCCCGGCUGGAACCUGCGCUGCCUGCAGGGCCGCGUGAGCCCCGUGGAGCACAGCGUCGCCUUGGAGUUCCUGGACCCUGGAGGCCCAAUGAUGAAACUGGUGUAUAAACUUCAGGCCGAAGACUAUAAGUUUGAUUUUCCUGUCUCCUACCUGCCCGGGCCCGUGAAGGCGUCCAUCCAGGAGCGCGCGCUUCCCGACAGCCCCUUGUACCACAACAAGGUGCAGCUGCCGCCCGCCGGAGGCCUCGGCCUGUACCUGGCCCUCAACCCCUUCGAGUACUACAUGUUCUUCUUUGCCUUGAGCCUCAUCACUCAGAAGCCGCCCCCUGGGGCCCUGCACUUCCGCACCUCCGACUGCGCCUACUUCAUCCUGGUGGACAGGUACCUGGCCUGGUUCCUGCCCACGGAAGGCAGCGUGCUGCCCCCCCUCUCCUCCAGCCCAGGGGGGCCCAGCCCCGCGCCAGCUCCCAGGACACCGGCCGUGCCCUUUGCCUCCUACGGCUUGCACCACACCAGCCUCUUGAAGCGGCACGUCUCCCACCAGACGUCGGUGAACGCGGACCCCGCCUCCCAUGAGAUCUGGCGGUCGGAGACGCUGCUCCAGGUGUUUGUGGAAAUGUGGCUCCAUCAUUACUCUUUGGAGAUGUACCAGAAGAUGCAGUCCCCUCACGCCAAGCUGGAGGUCCUGCACUACCGGCUCAGCGUCUGCAGCGCCCUCCACAGCCCUGCCCACCCCAGCCUCCAGGCCCUCCACGCCCACCAAGAGUCCUUCAUGCCCACGGAGGAGCACGUGCUGGUUGUGCGGCUGCUGCUGAAGCACCUACACGCCUUCGCCAACAGCCUGCGGCCUGAGCAGGCCCCGCCUUCCGCCCACUCGCACGCUGCCAGCCCCCUGGAGGAGUUCAAGAGGGCCGCCGUCCCAAGGUUCGUCCAGCAGAAGCUGUACCUCUUCCUGCAGCACUGCUUUGGCCACUGGCCCCUGGACGCGUCCUUCAGAGCUGUGCUGGAGAUGUGGUUGAGCUACCUGCAGCCCUGGAGGUACGCGCCCGAGAGGCAGGCCCCGGGCAGUGACUGCCAGGCCCGCAGUGUGUCGGAGAGAUGGGCGCCCUUCGUGCAGGAGAACCUGCUCAUCUACACCAAGCUCUUCCUGGGCUUCCUGAGCCGUGCGCUGCGCACAGACCUCGUCAGCCCCAAGAACGCGCUCAUGGUGUUCCGCGUGGCCAAGGUCUUCGCACAGCCCAACCUGGCCGAGAUGAUCCAGCGGGGCGAGCAGCUGUUCCUGGAGCCCGAGCUCGGCAUCCCGCAGCGGCAGCACCGGCUCUUCACGGCACCCUCCUUCACCGGCAGCUUCCUGUCGUCGUGGCCGCCGGCCGUCACUGACGCCUCCUUCAAGGUGAAGAGCCACGUGUACAGCCUGGAGGGCCAGGACUGCAAGUACACCCCGAUGUUUGGGCCCGAGGUCCGGGCGCUGGUCCUGCGUCUGGCGCAGCUCAUCACGCAGGCCAAGCAGACGGCCAAGUCCCUCUCGGACCAGUGCGGGGAGAGCGCGGCCGGCCGCCCCUUCCUGUCCUGGCUGGGCUUCUACCCCGCGGACACCAACGGCUCCUACUCGGGCAACGACCUGGACGAGAUGGGGCAGGACAGCGUCCGCAAGACGGACGAGUACCUGGAGAAGGCGCUGGAGUACCUGUGCCAGGUGUUCCGGCUCAGCGAGGCGCAGCUCGCCCAGCUGACGCUGGCCCUGGGGACAACGCAGGACGAGAACGGGAAGAAGCAGCUCCCGGACUGCAUCGUGGGCGAGGACGGGCUCAUCCUCACACCCCUGGGCCGCUACCAGAUCAUCAGCGGGCUGCGGCGCUUCGACAUCGAGUACCAGGGCGACUGGGAGCUGCAGCCCAUCCGGAGUUAUGAGAUUGCCAGCCUGGUCCGCGCGCUCUUCCAGCUGUCUUCCACCAUCAACCGCAGGUUCGCAGGCCAGAUGGUGGCGCUGUGCUCGCGGGCCGACUUCCUGGGCAGCUUUUGCCGCUACCACCUCUUGGAGCCCGGGCUGUCGGGCCGGCGCCUGCUGAGCCCCGUGGGGCGGGGCCACGCCGCCAACCGCGCGCGAGGGCCGCGGCUCAGCCUGCGCUUCCUGGGCAGCUACCGGACACUGCUGUCGCUGCUGCUGGCCUUCUCCGUGGCCUCGCUCUUCUGCGUGGGGCCCCUGCUCUGCGCCCUGCUCAUCGUGCUGGCCUACGUCCUCUACGCCGUGGCCAUGACGCUGCUGACCGAGCGCGGCAAGCUGCACCAGCUCUGA